GGGGGGCCGGGGCGCGGGCCGGGGGCCGCCUGUAGCCGGCACCGAGGGCGCGGGCCCGGGAUGAGGGCGCCCGCGGCGGGGAGCCCGUCUGCGCGCGGCGCCGUCCCGCCCAGCGAGCGAGCCCGAGCGGGCACACGCGCGGCCGGCGGUCUGGGGGCGCGCCGCCUCCCGGCUCCCAAGAUGUGAAGCGGGGAGAGCGGAGACGCAGAGACGCCCGGCCGGGCGCCCUCGCCGCCCCGGCAGCCGCGCUCCCCUUCCCCUUCCCCGCGGCCCCGCAGCGCAGCCCCGCGCCCCCGGCCCCGCCUCGCUCGGACUCGGCUUCGGCCGCAGCGGGUUCGCGGCCCGGACGCGGCGGGACAGGCCCGGGACGGGGCGCGCGGCCUCGCCUGGGCUCCUCGCUCCCCGCCGGACGGACGGUUUGAACGAUGAUCGCAGUCAACGCCGAGGGGAAGAUAAUGGUCAGGAGAUGCCUGGUCACCCUGAGACCGUUUCGGCUCUUCGUCCUGGGCAUCGGCUUCUUCUCGCUCUGCUUCCUGAUGACGUCGCUGGGCGGCCAGCUCUCCGCGCGGCGCCCGGGGGACUCCCCGUUCACCAUCCGCACAGAAGUGACGGGCGGGCUGGAGUCCCGCGGUGCCCUCCGCAAGAUGAGCGAGCUGCUGGAGCUGAUGGCGAAGCGCAUGGACGCGCUGGCCAGGCUGGAGAACAGCAGCGAGCUGCACCGCGCUCCCGGGCACGGGCACGGGCACUCGGCCCUGGACAGGCUGCCCCCGGGGGCCGGCCUCAUGGAGCGGAUCCAGGCCAUCGCGCAGAACGUCUCCGACAUCGCCGUGAAGGUGGACCAGAUCCUGCGCCACAGCCUGGUCCUGCACAGCAAGGUGUCUGAAGGCCGGCGGGACCAGUGUGAGGCGCCCAGUGACCCCAAGUUUCCUGACUGCUCGGGGAAGGUGGAGUGGAUGCGCGCCCGCUGGACGUCUGACCCCUGCUACGCCUUCUUCGGGGUGGACGGCACCGAGUGCUCCUUCCUCAUCUACCUCAGCGAGGUCGAGUGGUUCUGCCCCCCGCUGCCCUGGAGGAACCAGACGGCCACGCAGGCGGCCCCCAAGCCCCUCCCCAAGGCCCAGGCGGUUUUCCGGAGCGACCUGUCCCACCUCCUGGGCCUGAUGGGCAGCGGGAAGGAGUCUCUGAUCUUCAUGAAGAAACGGACCCGGCGGCUCACGGCCCAGUGGGCACUGGCUGCCCAGCGCCUGGCACGGAAGCUGGGGGGUGCCCAGAGGGACCAGAAGCAGAUCCUCGUCCACAUCGGCUUCCUGACGGAGGAGUCUGGGGACGUGUUCAGCCCGAGGGUGCUGAAGGGCGGGCCUCUGGGGGAGAUGGUGCAGUGGGCGGACAUCCUGGCCGCUCUCUACGUCCUGGGCCACGGCCUGCGGGUCACAGUGUCCCUGAAGGAGCUGCAGAGUAACUUAGGGGUGCCGCCGGGCCGCGGGAACUGCCCGCUCACCGUGCCCCUGCCCUUCGACCUCAUCUACACCGACUACCACGGCCUGCAGCAGAUGAGGCAGCACAUGGGGCUGUCCUUCAGGAAGUACCGGUGCCGGAUCCGGGUCAUCGACACCUUCGGGACGGAACCUGCGUACAACCACGAGGAGUACGCCACGCUGCACGGCUACCGGACCAACUGGGGCUACUGGAACCUCAACCCCAAGCAGUUCAUGACCAUGUUCCCUCACACCCCCGACAACUCCUUCAUGGGCUUCGUGUCCGAGGAGCUGAACGAGACGGAGAAGCAGCUCAUCAAGGCCGGCAAGGCCAGCAACAUGGCCGUGGUGUACGGCAAGGAGGCCAGCAUCUGGAAGCUCCAGGGGAAGGAGAAGGUCCUGAGCAUCCUGAGUGAGCACAUGGAGGUCCACGGCACCGUGUUCUACGAGAGCCAGCGGCCCCCCGAGGUCCCCGCCUUCGUCAAGAACCACGGCCUCUUGCCGCAGCCCGAGUUCCAGCAGCUGCUGCGCAAGGCGAAGCUCUUCAUCGGGUUCGGCUUCCCCUACGAGGGCCCCGCUCCCCUGGAGGCCAUUGCCAACGGCUGUGUCUUCCUGCAGUCCCGCUUCAGCCCGCCCCACAGCUCCCUCAACCAUGAGUUCUUCCGAGGCAAGCCCACCUCCAGGGAGGUGUUCUCGCAGCACCCGUACGCCGAGAGCUUCAUCGGCAGGCCCCACGUGUGGACCGUGGACUACAACAACUCGGAGGAGUUCGAGGCCGCCCUCAAGGCCAUCAUGAGGACCCAGGUAGACCCUUACCUGCCCUAUGAGUACACCUGUGAGGGGAUGCUGGAGCGAAUCCACGCCUACAUCCAGCACCAGGACUUCUGUGCAGCCCCAGGCCCCGCCCCAGCAGGGGCUGGAGUCCCGAAGAGCCCCUUGGUCCUGGCCCCCAAUGCCACCCACCUCGAAUGGGCCCGGAACUCCAGCCUGGCCCCCGGGGCCUGGCCCCCAGCGCACUCCCUCCGGGCCUGGCUGGCUGCCGCGGGCAGGGCCUGCACAGACGCCUGCCUGGACCGUGGGCUGGUCUGCGAGCCCUCCUUCUUCCCCUUCCUCAACAGCCAGGACGCCUUCCAGAAGCUGCAGGUGCCCUGCGACAGCACCGAGUGGGAGAUGAACCACCUGUACCCGGCCUUCGCCCAGCCCGGCCAGGAGUGCCUCCUGCAGAAGGAGCCGCUGCUCUUCAGCUGCGCGGGCGCCAGCGCCAAGUACCAACGGCUCUGCCCCUGCCGGGACUUCCGCAAGGGCCAGGUGGCCCUGUGCCGGGACUGCCUGUGAGGGCGCCGCAGCCCCCUGCGCCGAGAAGCACCAGCAGAUUCUGAGCUCCAGCGACACCGCCCCCCCCCCCCCAAGCUGGGCUUCCUCCCUCGGCCUGGAGUGGGCAGAGCAGGCGAGUGCCAGGCCUCAGGGGGGGGCGGCCCCUCCUCCUCAUCCAGGGGCUCAUGGCGGCAGCGAGGCCAACCGGCUGUGGGGCUGCCAGAGGGUCCCCGGCCAGGAGCAGGGGCAGGAGCCCCUCGCUGAGUGCAAGGCCAGACCUAACAGGUGGAGAGAGGGUCCUGGGCCCAGGACGGAGCCUCUCGCUGCACAAGGUCGGGAGCAGGGGUCCCGGGAGGGGCGUAGGCCUUGUCCCUGUGGAGGAGUUUGGGGUGUGGCCAGAAGGGGCAGGGGACUGGGGAGGCCAGGGGGAGGGACCCAGUCCUUGCCCCUCCCCUCUCCCACACCUGUCCCUGCUGCACGGGCCACCGUUGGAGGCGCAGGGACCCCUCGGGCGGGUGGAACAGCGUCCCCCUCCUGCUUGUUCUGUUCUCUUCAUUGGGGCUUCUCCUGAGCCACCCUGGCAUGACUGCCAUUCCGGCCCCGGCCUGUUCCCUACCCCCCCAGCCUCUGAGCACGGUGCUGGCCCCUUCCCAGCAUCCACUGCAGGCACAGGCUCAGACGGAGCUUCUGCCCAUCACACCCCUGGCCCAGGCCCUGGCUGCCCAGGCCCCCACCCAUCAGUGCUGUGUCCGUGUCCCUCCAGCUUCCAGCCAUCUCGGAUCACCUGUACACCCUGUGCAGCAUGCCUGCCCCGCCCAGGCCCCCAGAAACACUGCCACCCCAUCCUGUGUAUAACCCCCUCCCUCCCUGGGCCACCCGGCCGCCCUCCUGGGCUGCCCCGCCACCGGCCAUGGAGGUGGCCCGGGCCCUGAGAGUCGGGAGGAGCGGCCUCGGCUGCCGCAGGUGCCUCCCGUCCGGACCCUCUCCCAGCCCGGCCGCCCUGCAGCCGCAGACACUCCAGUCACCAAGGACCUGACCUUCGGGGGAAAGCAAUAGAGACUCUCUUCUCUCUCUUUUUUAAAGAUUUAUUUCUUGAAAUAAUAAAUAUUUUAUUGGGAUGUGAG